GGCUCCCUUAUCACAAGGAGCUCAGUGACUACGUGGCCGCAAAGCUGUUAACACAAAGUAUCAAAUAUGGCUGAUUAUCGCGCAGGAAAAGCUGGCAUCAAUGCCGAGGCUCAGGCCAGAAUCAACAGCAAAUAUAACAAUGACAUCGCUCAUGAAACGCUCGAAUGGAUCAAGAGUAUUACGGGACAGCCGGAGAAUACCGCUGGGGAUGCUGACAAUCUUUACGAAGUCCUUAAAGACGGUACCCUCCUUUGCAAUUUAGUUAACAAGUUCCAAGAAGGAUCGGUCAAGAAAAUCAACCAAUCGACAAUGGCGUUCAAGUGCAUGGAAAAUAUCAACGCGUUCCUGGAGACCGUGAAGAAAUUGGGCGUGCCCCCCCAAGAAACUUUCCAAACGAUUGAUCUAUGGGAGAAGCAAAAUCUUUACUCUGUUGUAAUAUGUCUGCAAUCCUUGGGCAGGAAAGCCGGCAAUUACGGCCUUCCUUCGAUCGGACCAAAGGAAGCCGAUAGAAAUGUUCGUGAAUUCAGCGAAGAUCAACUAAAAGCUGGUCAGAAUGUGAUUUCGCUUCAAUAUGGAACGAACAAGGGCCAACAGAGUGGCAUUUCCUUCGGUAACAGACGUCAGAUGUGAUAUGUACAUUUUUGUUAAUAUUAUUAACUAAACGUAAUAAAUAUUUUUAUUUUUA